AUGCCUCCGUUAAGCAGUGCAAACAACGCAACAGCGGCAACCAGUCGGCAGCAGCAGCAACAGCAGCAGCAGCCAAAGCGGUGGAUAAAGCGCUACAGAACCGAGGUCUCUGCAAGCUCGGCUAGUGUUUUGUCGACAAUCACCGCGUUUCCACUUGACAGUGUCAAGACACGAUUACAAACGUAUCCCUACAAAGGUUUCUCGGACUGUGUGCACAGGACAUAUCAAUCGGAGGGGAUUCGUGGGUUCUUCAGAGGUGUGACCGCUCCCUUGGCCAGUGUAACACUCGUGCGAACUGUUUCUUUCUCGAUAUACCAACGUUCCAAAUAUGCAUACUCGGAUUGGAUGAAGCGGCAUUUUGGCUUUUGCCCACUUGAACAUGUCAACAAGAAUGGUGCCUACCCGACCUUGGGGACGAUAGCGUGUUUUGGUGCCGCAGGGGCCACUGCUGGUUCUGGUAUUACCUUCAUCGCUUGCCCUUUCGAGCUUACUAAGAUAAGUGCACAAGUAUCAGUCCUCAUGGCGAGCCAAAAGAAUGCAGACCCGAAGUGCCAGGAAGUCGCGAUGAGUUACCAUAACAAGGGAACCAUCAUGACCCUACGGAAUCUGGUCAAGCAUCGAGGACUCUCGGGAAUGUAUACAGGCCUCAACCUACAUCUAAUGAGAGAUACACUAGGCACUGGAAUCUAUUUCGCCACAUAUGAGAGCAGCAAACAACUUUUGACUACGUUUAGCGGCAAAGACGCUCACAAGAACCCAAUCGCCGUAUUAGUUGCCGGAGCCCUUUGCGGCAUUGUGUCGUGGGCUUUGAUCUACCCUAUUGACUCGGUGAAGAGUAUCUACCAGCGUAACGCGCUCAUGUACUCGAAGGGCCAGAAGAUACCACUCCCAAAGAUCGCUUUCUUCAGGAAAGACAUGUACCGUGGCCUCGGCGUAUCAAUGGCCAGAUCGGCUGCAGUGAACGCCGUCUUCUUCUCGGCUUUUGAGUUCUUCAAAAAGAAGAUCAAUAAAUUAGAGGACAUUGAGUAA